GAAACACUAGCAUUUAAUAUUCAGUCUUCAUAUGUGUGUGCGAGUUGUCACUCCCGAAGUCGCGUGCUCGAAGGGUCGAUGACGUAGCGGAGCCCUUCCAAUGGCAGGCUUCGUCCGGGAGCGGGUGCGUCCGCCAUUGGCCGCCACCGGCGUCAUGGAGGGUGUCUCCGCCCCCGUUUUUCCGCCCUGCACCCUCGACGUCGAGUUUUUCGUUCCUCCCCUAACCGAGUUAUUGAAUUAAGCUUAUCAUUUGAUUUCGACGAAGCAGACAGUCGGGUCUUCACGCGCGGUGUGUCUCUUCGGAAAAACUCUUAGCGAUUUUGGCAGUAAUCGCGCCGUUAAUUCGAUCAUUUUGGAGGCUCUGAUCCGAUUAUUGUGUGCGUGUGUCAUUAUGGACUACUCGUACUUGAACCAGGCCGGCUUCGACUCCAGCUGCCUGCAGGGGGCCGGCAUGGACCCCACGGGCCUGGGGAACAUGCCCUGUUCGUACGGCGACCUGACCUCCUGCAGCCAGAUGUCCCAGGCGGCGUACAGGUACACGGCGGCGGCGGCGUCGAUGGCGCGCUCCUACAACCCGCCCGCCGCCGCCAUGGGGGUGCACCACCCGGGGGCGGCCGCCUCGCAGUGCGCCGUCAUGGGCUCGCGGCCCCACGUCCAGGACGUCCACCGCGCCUCCAUGUUCCCGUCCUCCAUGAACCUGCAGAGUGGAUUGCCUUAUAAAGUUUAUCCCGGUCAUGACGGUGUCCUUACAGAGAAGAGAAAACAACGAAGGAUAAGAACAACGUUCACAUCUGCACAACUCAAGGAACUGGAACGAGCUUUCCAGGAGACGCAUUAUCCUGAUAUCUACACUAGGGAAGAAAUUGCCAUGAAAAUUGAUCUCACGGAAGCUAGGGUACAGGUUUGGUUCCAAAAUCGAAGGGCGAAGUUUCGGAAGCAGGAGCGCUUGGCUCAGCAGAAAGCUUCGAAUAACUCUGAGAACUCGACUCCUCCAACUAGUAUUAAGGCUGAGAGUAACGGAAACACCAAGAGUAGUUUAAACGGGAGCAAGGACAUCAAGCCAGGAUCGCCGCACUCCAGCAUUUCCACGACGCCGAAUUCCAACACGAGCAGCAUCUCCAGCCACCAAUCUUCCAACGGAGUCGAUGUCAAACCGGUCAAUGGAAAUGGAAAGUUGAGCGAGGACGCAAUCAUCUCCAACAAUAACAAAUGGUCCAUGAGUCCGCAGUCCUGUAACACAGCACUGCUGGUGCACCAGGCCAACAAAGUCCUCUCCUCGCAACCUUCCCACCUUCAGACCCAUCAUGGGUCUCAUGCUGCAGCCGCCGCAGCUGCUGCCUUGUCUUCGCCCUUUAGUUCACUUCUUGGUGCAAGUGGAGGAGCAGCGUCGUAUCUCCUAGGAGAUCAUCUGAAACCGGCCGCUGCUGCAAAUCACCUGUUUUAGAGAGUUCAAGUUUUAGGAAAUAUGGAUUAGUUGAGAACAUUCUGCCACGGUUUCAGAGAGUCGUCCUGGAAUUGCGAAUCGAAAUGACCUUCAAACAAAUUUAACCGGUGUUUAUAUUGUCCGCGUAAUGCAGACUAUGAAUGGAAAUUUUAUGAUUAUUUUCGUGUGUUUGUGUAUUGCGAUUUUAAACAAUGUUUGAGGCCGAAUUUGCAGUUGCAGUUUGGAUUUGUUUAAAUAAAAUAUUACACAGUCGAAGAUGUUUCGAAACGGUUGAAAUAGAAACGCUGACCUAUUAUAACAACCUUGUCCUGGUUGACUUCGCAUUUUUCGGGUUUCAAAAGUUAGAAAUAUUGCAGUUGCACAUAAACAUAUGAGGUGUUUGAUAAAUUACAUUCUUUUAACAUUGUUGUUUUCAAAAUAGAAUUUUUUUCGUCAAUUAGGUGUCUAAUUUUGUUUCCUUUGUUUUUACCUGUCUGUGUCCGUCUAAUGUAAUACAGUUAAAUAUGCCAAGAAAGCUUUCGCCGUCCAAUUUUUUUACGAAGUAUAAUUUUUUGAAAUGUUGCAAACGAAUCGAGUAAUUUUGGACAUGACUCGCUGAAACCGCCGAGAAUGUGUGUUAAAAUUUGGAAAUCCGUCACAAAUUGAAUUGAUUUACGAAUUAUACGAUUGGUAUACGGAUUUUCUUAACCCGAAUAAAUAUUUAUUGUAAAUAGUGCAUAAAUAGUAUACUAAGGAUGGUGUCUUUGUACUUUUUAAGUGACUGUAAAUUUGUACAUAUAAGAGAGAAAUGUUUGUGUUCAUCUUAUCCGUGUAAUUUUCGAGGUUGUUCACAGUAUCAUUCUAUUUCACAUUCUAGUCCACUAUUGUAAUAAUUUCGUGUAUAAAAUUAAGGAAAAUAAACGAACUAACUGUACUGGCGUGUUCCGAAAUAAUCCUGACUUUCUCAAAUAGAAUUCGCAAAAUACUUCUAGAAUAUUUUGUGAUAAUGAAAACUGAAUAAUCUACUAAAUAUAGUGAUACAAGAGAACGCAUGUCGUCACGACGCUAUGGUGGGAACCUCAACCGUUCCCCUAUAUAAGCGUCCCGACGCCGUGCACCUUCAGUCUCUUAACUUAGUGCAGAGGUUCAAAAACCGACACUAAACCACCAAAAUGUCUUUGGAACGUCAAGUCCGCGCCAAAAUCGCCGCCAAGCGCAACCCCCAACAAGACAAAGAAGCCCAAGAAU